CUUGCUUUCUCUCUCUCUAAAAUCUAAAUGAACCCCAUAAAUCAUAUGAGAAUGUUGGGAUUGAGGAGCUUGGUGUUGGAAUCGUCGGAUGGUUUGAGAAUUACAGGGUUUGCACUUAUCACAUGGAACAAUGCCUGGAAGGCUCUGGAGGCUUUGGGCAUUGCCGAUUCCAUAAGACGACGUCAUCUUCCCCUUGACGGGAUUCGAGUGUCCUCUGCAGUUACAGGGCUCCCCAUUUUGGAGAAAUCAUUUGAAAGGAAGGGGCAAGAUGGAAAUUAUGAAACUCGAUGUGUGAUAAGAAAGAUUUUACUUGAAACCUUAAAGGAGGAAUUGCCACAUGGUACAAUCAAGUAUUCUUCUAAGGUUGUUUCUAUUGAGGAAUCAGGAUGGUUCAAAAUUGUGCACCUUGGCGACGGCUCGAGCAUUAAAACUAAGGUAUUAAUUGGGUGUGAUGGAGUUAACUCAGUGGUAGCAAAAUGGCUUGGCCUUAAGAAAGCCGUUGAUGCUGGGCGAUCAGCAAUUAGGGCUUUGGUUGAAUUUCCAGAAGGCCAUGGAUUUGAACGCAAAUUCUUACAAUGCAUUGGGCACGGUGUACGAUAUGGUUAUAUGCCCUGCAAUGAGAAGACGAUGUAUUGGUUUUUCACUUUCACUUCUCUCGACCAAAAGACAGAAGACGACAUGGAAGAUAAUCCAGCAAAGAUGAAGCAGUUCGUGCUGAGCAAGCUCGGCAAACUCUCUCAACAAGUCCAGAGCGUUGUGGAAAGAACCGAGCUCGUCAACAUCUCCUGCGCGUCGCUGAAGCUCCGGUGGCCGUGGGAUCUUCUCCGGGGAGAAAGCUGCAGAGGCAACGUCUGCGUCGCCGGCGACGCCCUGCACCCGAUGACGCCGGACAUCGGCCAGGGCGGCUGCUCCGCCCUGGAAGACGGCGUCGUUCUGGCGAGGUGCCUCGGCGAAGCCUUCCUGGCGAAAACACAAAACGGCGACGAAUGGGGAAGGAUCGAAAAGGCGGUGGAGAAGUAUGGAAAGGAGAGGAGGUGGAGGAGUAUUGGGCUGAUAGCGACGGCGUACACGGUGGGGAUGGUGCAGCAGAGCGACGGGAAGGUGAUGAGCUUCUUGAGGGACAAUUUGUUGGCGGGAAUUUUGGCCGGAUCUCUUCUCAAGAUGGCUGAUUUCGACUGCGGGAAGCUUAAUUGAUUCAUCUAGUGGGAUCGAUUUAUUUGUUUAUUUGAUGUGUAACAAAUGAGGAGUGCUGUGCGAAUUGGAAAUUUGGAAGCAUAAGUAAGACAAUUAAAUCUGAAUUGGAAGAACAACAUACAAUUGUUUGUUUUUUUGGUAUUUUUUUUUCCUAAAUAUAAAAUUUAAAUGUCUUUUUUCUCUUUAUUAUUUCAGAAAUUAUUCUCUUAA